AUGGAUGGUGCUGCUGCUAUUGUUGUUGGAAUGAAGAAAGGACUAUUGCAGCUAAAGGCAAACAUAAAAUACAGUACAAGCGACGACGACGACUAUUUGUCAUCGUGGGGGGCUAAUGAAACCUCGGAUUGUUGUCGAUGGGAGGGAAUUGUUUGCAGCAACAACACCAGAAGAGUCAUAGAGUUGUCCAUUAGUGCUAAGGAAGAACAACUUAGUAAUGGUAUAUAUACUGGUAAUAUUUUGAGGAACUGGCUUUUUAAUGCAUCUUUAUUUGUUCCCUUCAAAUAUCUCAAAGCUCUGCUCCUACCUGGACAUUUUUUGGCUGGUUGGGUGAAGAAUGAAGGUUUCGAGAAACUGAGACGACUGAGAAAACUGGAAGUACUUGAUUUGUCAGGGAAUAGAUUCAAUCACAGCAUCUUUGAGCCUAUUAGUCAACUUUCAUCUCUCAAGUCAUUGAACCUCUCAUUUCAUCGGAUCAGGUUCCGACUUUCUGAGAGAUUGUCAGGGUUAGACAAGCUGGAAAUCCUAGAUUUGAGCUAUAACAAUCUAUAUCUUGAAAACGUUUUCUCUACUCUACAGAUAAAUACAUCUACUAUGGCAUUGAAGUGUCUCGAUAUAAGCUACAACCGGUUCCGGAGUUUUCUACCAAAUGAAGAUACAUAUAUUUCUGGAAGAUUCUUCAUUUCAGUUGAUUUUUAUCGCAUCCCAGGCUUGCUUGGCAUAUUUGAGCCUUUUCCCUAUAAAGUAACGUAUAAGGCUUCAGGUGAAGUUGGGAGGUUUAAAGCUAGACUAGUAGCAAAGGGAUAUGGACAUAGAGAAGGAAUUGGUUAUCAAGAAACAUUUUCACCUGUUGUGAAGAUGAAGACAGUGGGGAUCGUACUUGCUGCUGCAGCUAGAAAAUACUGGUAG